AUGACAACUCCUCCCGAUGCCGCCCUCUUAGCAACAACCAGCGACUCCCUCGCGCCUCUCAUCCCUAUCCUCAACGGUUUCGCCCAUCGUCACAAGAACCAGCAUUCUUCUACGCACUGGUGGUCCUCCUUCUCUAUACUGCGCCGCGCAGUCCGUAAUCUUAUCAACGACCUCAACUCACGUCCUAGAAAGGUCAAAUCUGGCGGUGUCAAGCGUGAUGUUCAUCCUGCUCUUGUGCGCGCAAAAUGGAUGAUGCGCCAUGUAGUUCCUGGCGCCUUUGUCACUUUCUCCCAACUUGCAGCUGAUAACCAGUAUGCGCCUCUCGGACUGCUCCUCCUCUCAGUUCUUGCUCGAACCAAUACUAUACUCUCCCAACUCGUCCCUGACCACGACCACAACCCUCCAAUAUCGACUAGUACAAAGCCAACGCCUUCGGAGCCAAGCAAGCAUAAGACUUCGGAUUUAGGAACGGACGAUGCAUCUAAUGCCGGAGUGGACUUGGGCGUAGCCAUUUCGCGUGAUGAGCUUCUGUCAAACCAGAAGAAAUCGAAAGCAGUAUCGAAAGCAGACUCCCGCUCGAAAGACCUCAAGUUGAAAGAGUGUGAGACCAAAACGACACAUACAGAUACCAAGAGGAUUCCGUCCAAAAGUGUCACCAUAGAAAAACCAAGAAAGAAAACGAAAAAUAGCGAUGAAUUGUCUAGUCUCUUCGGCUCUCUUUCAUCGAGCAAUGGCACUGCAGCAGAUAAGCCCAAAAAGAAAAAGAAGAAAGGCGACGCAUUUUCCAGCCUCUUCGACUCUCUGUAA